GCAUACCGGCUACAUUGACCUAUAUCAAUAUGGAUCAUAGUGUGACGGGUUCGCCGGAGCUGAUACCGUAUCCCGAUUGGCGCAGCAACACAGCUGGUGAUUGUGCGAACAGCAUCACCACGGCGUAUCGCAUCAAAGCGGAUGAGUGUGGACGGCUGUGGGUGCUUGAUACCGGCACAGUGGGCAUUGGCAAUACCACCACCAAUCCAUGCCCGUAUGCUGUGAAUGUCUUUGACUUGCAAACGAACACGCGCAUACGCCGCUACGUGCUGCGCGCGGAUGACACUAAUGCGAACACGUUUAUUGCCAACGUUGCCGUUGAUAUUGGUAAAUCAUGUGAUGAUGCGUUCGCUUACUUCUCCGAUGAACUCGGCUAUGGUUUGGUUGUAUACUCGUGGGAGCAGAAUAAAUCGUGGCGCUUUUCCGCGCACUCAUACUUCUUCCCC